AUGUCGCUACUUGUCAACAACGUAAAUAUAUCCGAUCUUUGGAGGCUUGAUACUUUGAAUAUCAAUGACCCUGCGGAAACUCAAAGUAGAAAAGAACUAGAAGAAGCGACUAAGGAACAUUUUGAAAGCAGUGUAACACGAGAUAACGAGGGGCGCUACAUUGUCAGUCUACCGUGGAUACAUGAUCAUCCGUCUCUUCCUGAUGGCAGAAAGAUAGCUGAACGAAGACUUAACAGUUGUAUUAAAGCCUUAGAACGUGCCAAAAGGCUGGUCGAUUAUGAUGAUGUUUUUCAGUAUUGGCAGAGUGAGGGUAUUAUUGAAGAAGUUGAUCCUAUGCAAGAAAUCAAAGAAGGACAGCAUUUCUUACCUCACCAUCCUGUCUUCAAGGAGAAUUCGACGACCAAAGUUCGAUCCGUUUUUGAUGGUUCAGCUAAAGAAAAGAAUACACAUUCUAUUAAUGACUGCCUCGAAAAGGGACCAAAUCUUGUAGAACUCAUUCCAUCUCUCAUAAAUCGCUUUCGUGUUAGAAAAUAUGGAUGA